AUGAACAUGCACUGGAAACUCAAUCGACAAUUUCCCUUCCCCAUACUUGUAGUGAUGGCAUUGUUAACGACACUAUGCUCAAUCGAUUGUAUUAAAGGGUUCCAAUUCAGCAAUUCUCCCUUAAAUCACACUUCUUACCGAUUGCAAUCAAGGGGAUUUGGCUAUUGGUUAAAUUUUGAUAUGAAGAGGCCAAAACUCGACACAGCUUCUGCAGCUGUAGCUCCACAGGAUGUUGAACUUGAAGAAUCUGAUGACAUUGAUGUAGUGGAGAUAGAUGUUAAAAUAGAAGGUGAAGAAGAGGAUGUAAAAAUGGAAAAGAAAGGUGGUCUGAGGUUUGGAAGUUUUUUACUAGACUUCCAAUUAGUAAAGAUGGUAGGGAAAGGGCGGAAUGUAAUCAGUGCAAAACAGACAUAUCACAGUUUAUUUUUUCAAAGUCAGGUGGUUCUUUUUCAAUAAACUCUAUUGGUUUUAAACCUGAAAGAUUUCGUGA